UCCUUGUUUGAUUUGAUUAGAUAUGAAUCUUGCAUGUAUUAGAAAUUUGCAUGUAUUACAACCCUUGUUUGUUUGAUUUGUGGAACCCUAGUGUAUUUUAUUUUAUUGAAAAGAUAUGGUUGGAUAUAUAGAUUGACAUGUUAUUUCUAUGGAAAAGUUAUUUGUAUGAAGUAGGCCUAGUUUAGUUUUGGAUACAUAUGCUUUGAAUUAUACUCCUAUUGAGAAAAAUGCUUUGGAUACAUAUGCUUUGAAUCUUGCAUGUAGUAGGCCUACUUUAGUUUUUUUGAAUUGAAAAGAUAAUCGUGUUGACAAGAAUGCUUUGUUGAAAUUGUUAGGAUGGUUUGGCUUCUCGAUGAUCAUUGGGACAAACAACACCGGUCGUACGCUAUGUCGGUGGAGCAGCGGGAGCUUGCACCUCUGAAGCUUCGGUCUCACGGGGUCACCCUUGGAUGGAUGCGCUAUGAUGAGCGGUACACACCGUAUGUAAGGGAGGCAGGACUUCUCCCUUUCAUUCAGUUGCCUCGGGAACCAGAAGCAGAAGAUAAGAAGAAGGAAAGAGUCGCAGCGGGCGCUACUUUCACGUGGAUAUCAUCAAACUUCAGUACUUUCCCUGAGGAUGCUAAUGAGGACAUGGUGAAGACAUAUGCUCGUGUCUACAUGUGGUACGUGAUAUCCAGGACUAUGUUUGCUGAUGGCACAUGCAAGAAUGCUCCAUGGAUGUGGCUGAAGGCGUUGACCGUCUUCGAUAGCAAAUGGAGUUGGGGUUCGGCGACACUGGCUUACUUGUAUCGACAGUUGGACGAAGCCUGUUGUAGGCACACUGGAGGUAUUGGUGGUUGUCUGCUCGCACUUUCCAUAUGGAGCUGGGAGCGUUUGCCGGUUGGACGACCGAAGACCGUGAAGUACGAGGAUUGGGACGACAAAGACGACCCACUACGGCUCCCCACUUGGGCUUACAAGUGGGAUGUGUUAAAUGAGAUGACAGAUGAUCCCUCGGUAAUGUACAAGUUGUACAAGAGCGAGCUGGACGCGAUCACGCCUGAGCAGCCACACCCGCCGGAGUGGGAGGACACGGACAAGUUGCUACACAACAACUAUCUCACAUGGUUUCUUGCAAGUACCCGCGUGGAGGUAUGCAAGCCGGCGUAUGCUGAGGAGAUUCUGGAAGAACCCACCGUUUUUGAUGAGGUAGCCCAGCACCAGUACAACGCAUUAGUCAGGAAAGGCAACUCAGUGAUCCCUUCAACUCCAAUGAUGAACUUUGUGGUUGCUGAUGAUAUGACCGUGGGGACGUACCAGGCUCGGUCUGCAUACGAGUUGAAGCCUAGGACGGGAAUCAACAAGUACACACCUGAAGACUUCACCCAAAGAGGCCAAAGAGGCAAAAGGACGGUCGGCACCUCGCGGAUGGCGGCUUUGGAUGACUAUUUGGAUGACUAUGUAGAUGACAUGGACGAACCGGAGCCGAAGCCGGAGCCGGAGCGGGUUCCUCUUCCUAGGAAGGUGAAGAAGAUAAGCGUCAAGAGGGGGGGAGGAGCCAGCAAGCGCGGAAAGCACUAGUCAUCGUCUUUUUUUUAUAAUGUUGAACUUAGAGUGGAAUUUGUUAUGUCGUUGAACUUGGAGUGGUCGUAGCUAUUAGUAAUGUGGAAUUUGUUAUGUCGUUGAACUUGGAGUGGUGGUAGCUCUAUGUUAAACUUGAACUUAUUGUGAUGGUCCUUUCUAAGAAA